UUUCUUCCAGCAAGCGGCGCUGUCGAAUUACUACAUACACUCUUGAGACCACAGGAAGUAGGAAGCCAUAGCGGAUAGACGAAACAAACAAAAAAGUUCACGGCAGAAAUACGGACGUUCAGAACAUGGUGGUGGUGCAUUGUAAAAUAUAUUACUUAAUUUAGUAUUGUUACAUUCAAAUACGGGGUGAAAGUGACAAACAUUAAGUCGUUUAGCAGAGAAGAAUAGAGACAUAUAAAAGUAUGUGGGCCAUACGAGUACAUUUCAUUGGGCAAAUCUGACUGACUCACUGCAAGAAAUGUGGCAAUUGAUUCCUUUGGCCACUAAUGGAGGACAGCCCUAUUAUUUAACAGUGGGGGUGGAGUAUGUGGUUGGCCGGAAAAAUUGUGCAAUCCUACUUCAGAGUGACCAGUCCAUUAGUCGAGUGCAUGCUUAUCUGACAGUUAACAGCCCUGCUACCAGCCAGAGCCAAGCUUCAACAACACCUACAUUAACACUAAAGGACACUUCGAAGUAUGGAACAUUUGUGAAUGAGGAGCGCCUCCAGAAUGACACUCAAAGGUUAUUGCAGCCUGGAGACAUGGUAACAUUUGGAGUCUACCACAGCAAGUUUCGAGUAGAAUACGAGUCUCUGAUUGUCUGUUCGUCCUGCCUGGAUGGACAGGGGAAGAUCGCACUCAGCCAAUCAGUCCAGCAGCUUGGGGGUUGUGUUGUUAACAACUGGACACAGGACAGUACUCACUUAGUCAUGCCAUCAGUGAAAAUUACAAUUAAGACCAUCUGUGCCUUGAUUUGCUGCCGGCCAAUCGUGACACCUGAAUAUUUUACUGAACUCCUAAAAGCUGUGCAGUUAAGACAGCGCUUGCCAAAGACUGAUGGUUUUCACCCUCCAGUUGAUGAGCCCGGUAUAAAUUCAGGAGACCUAGAUCUAAAUGCAAGGCCAGUCCGUAGAACUCUCUUCAGGGGGAAGACCUUCAUUUUCUUAAAUGCCAAACAGCACAAAAGACUGAGUUCAUCCGUGGUUCUGGGGGGAGGAGAGGCCAAACUUCUUGAUGAGGGCAUUUUGAAUACAUCUUUACUGGAGUCAGCAGGAAGCUGUGUUAUUGAUGUGGGAAUGGCAAACUCACAGAUGCUUGUCUCUACAUCAUUAAAGAAGUGGAUUGGUUCUGUAACACAAAUUGUACAGAGAAAAGGUCUAAGGCUCAUAUCGGAAGCAGAAAUUGGGCUAGCGGCCAUUUACAUGUCGACAGAUACGUACUGCAACCCACUCUCUCAAACGGAUGCAGAAACAUCCAGGACAACCAUUCCUGGUGCAACACUUUCCCAGAGCACAGCAGUGGAGGAAACUAUAAUGCCUGUAGCUACAUUAAACAGCACUGCCUAUGCACCUGAUACUGAACCUUCACAGCAGUAUACCAGAAUGGAAACCAGUGGUGUAAGGCAAGUAAAUGAAACACCAGAAAAAGACUUAAGAGGCCACAGACAAUCACAGAUGAAGGAGACUUUUAUUGGCACGUGCACAGUGGCAGAGACGGCAGCAACAUUGUUCAGCACUGAUUGUGGCUCAAGCACUGUGAAAGAGAGAGAGAAGACAAGACCUUCAACUAAACUGGGCAAUAAGAAUCAACCAUCUGCAAGCAACACCGCUGAGACCAGUGGAAACAAAAAAUCUUCUUCACAGCAACAGUCACAUUCCCUGGCAAAUUACUUUCAGCCAGUGAGUAAAAAAAGGGAAAGAGAAGAAAAUGAAACAUUUGACUGGUCUCAGGCCAAACAAGCAAGAACAGAAGAAAACAAAAAGAAAGUACCAGCAUGCCCAACGCCUCAAGUAAGCCAGACCAGACCAACAACUGAGAAAAGACAGUCGCAGAUCCAGUUUCCUAUGGAAGACUCUCGGACGAAAAGCAUCACAAUGGCAGAACACUCUGGGAUGGUCAGUACCAGUAUGACAGAGCUGACCCGUGGCUCUGGGGAUUCCAGCCUGAGGGUAGCAUCCAAGAAGAGAAAGGAAAUGGAUGAGUUGUUUGCUGAGACAGUAGCAGGGAUUGAGGACCUUGAAGACAUCAUGUCUCAGCCCAUGGAGCAGGACCAGGAAGAAGCGCAGAGCAUCAGUAAGAAGAAACGGAUAGAACCUCCUGUUGAAGCAGUGCAAGUUAAGCAGGAAGAUGUAACUGCAAGUGAAUAUGGAAUCAUGCCAGCGGGUUCUAUGAGAGAAAAUGCUGAUCAAACACAACAAAAAGAAUUUGAAGCCAAAGAAAAAAUCCCAUUGUCUCUAAAGAAAGAAAGUGAUUUUGGUCUGUUCCAGCCUUCAGGAUUAAUGGUUAAAAGUGGUGACAUGGAUGGCAUCCCCCGCAACCUCAUAGUGACAGAGUUCAAGUCCUUGGUUGUUAGCGUGCCCGCACGGCCUACUGCAAGGUCAAACCAAGCAAAUGUAAAGAACUUUAAAAGGUUUAGAAAGAUCCCUUUUCCUGGAGCAGUGGGGCUGCCCAACAUUAUUGGAGGCUCAGACUUGGUGGCACACCAGGCAAAAAAGAACUCUGAACUGGAGGAGUGGCUGAGGCAGGAAGCGGAGGAGCAGAGCCAGUAUGCUAGAGAGGAGUCCAUUGCAGAUGAUCUGUUCAGGUACAACCCCAAAUCAACAAAACGAAGAACAUAAAAGAUUAAAUGGACCAGCACUUCCAGAAAGUUUUUUUUUUUUUGUAAUAGAAAAUAAAUGUACGGCUUGCAAUUGUAUACACACAAGGGCUGAAAAAAAGGAACACAUUUUUGUGUAAAUUAACUACAGUAUCAACACAUGCUGUAUGGUAUGCCAAUAUGUGCAUCUGCAGCAUUUUUCGGUUAGAUAAGCCUCAGCAUGUGUUAAUAUACCCCCAUCAGACUUUAUGCUAGCCUUGUAUGUCGAUGAUUCUCCCUGGUUGAGGUGAGUUUUAGUCAUGAUGGGCAAGACAGACGCACUUUGACUGACAGAAUGUGUUUGGUUGGUAGAUGCCUUUCUACCUCAGAGAAAAGACUUUACUGCAUAGUUCGAUCCCCACUUUCUUGAAGGAGUAUUUAUUGAGUAAUAGUCUCUAUCCCACCAGAAAAAUGUAAACAUUUUGACAAAAAGUUCUGUCCUAGACAGGGUUGGCUGUUCUGGAAAGUGUUUCAAAAAUGAAAAUCAAAUAUAUUUUUGCAGUAGUGAAUGAGGAAAGGGUAUCGCAAAGUUGUAAUUGAAAAAGAAUGUGUUCAUGUUGCAUGGAGAGAUUGGAAUAAAAGGCUUUUAGCUAGACCGGUCCCGUGAUGACCACAAUGUGGGUGUAAUGCACAGUGUACAACAAAAUGUUAGAAUUUUGAGUAGUAGGAGGCUGUGUGGUCCAGUGGUUAAAGAAAAGGGCUUGUAACCAGGAGGUCCCCGGUUCAAAUCCCACCUCAGCCGCUGACUCAUUGUGUGACCCUGAGCAAGUCACUUAUCCUCCUUGUGCUCAGUCUUUCGGGUGAGACGUAAUUGUAAGUGACUCUGCAGCUGAUCCAUAGUUCACGCACCCUAGUCUCUGUAAGUCGCCUUGGAUUUAGCGUCUGCUAAAUAAACAAAUAAUGAUUGUAUUGUGUAUACCCCCUUACAAGUAAACAAUAUUGGAUCUUGGCAAUGUACUCAUCACCCUGUCUUGGAUAAAGGCAUCUGCUAAAUAAACUAAUAAUAGAAUGUAUUUUUUUUUAUAGUUUUUAUUUGUUCAUCACUAAUUAAUAUAUAUAUAUAUAUAUAUAUAUAUAUAUAUAUAUAUAUAUAUAUAUAUAUACACAAAACAAAUAGUUGCUUCUUAUUUUAGCAUGUUGCAGUGCCCUUAAAAAUGAAAUGUAUGACAUUUGUGUCAUGAACACUAAACUACUACUACUGGUAAAUUAAAAAGCUUGUUAAAGUAUUUUACAUGCUUUCUAAAAGGAUCAUUUUAGCUUUUCGAUAAUAAACUGAUUUUAUGCAA